UUGGUUUGAAUUAACUGCUUGUGAUUGGUUAGUUUGAAAUAUAAUAAUAGUUCGGUUUAUCACACAAAAAAAUAGAAUUGUUUAAUUAUUAAAUACAAUGGAUAAUUCUGUUCUACCAGAUGCAUUAGAUUUAGAUACGGAAGAAAUUUCCGACAAAGUUACAUGUAAAAGAAGAUCGUUGGUUUUUCAUUCACGAACUUCAAAAUUAUUCAUAGAUGAAGAAUUAAAUGAAGUACGAAAUCUUGAAAAUGAUGAUUUAUUAUCAGACAACAAAUGUAAACGCCAACGUGUGAAAGAUAUAACAGGGAAAGAAAGUUUUAACUUGCAAGAAUAUAUAAAUGACCUUAAACAAGAAAGAAAAUUAUGGCAAUUAAAGUUAAAAGAACGUAAAUCGAAAAGACGCAUUCUUACUAAACAAAAAUCUGCUUUAGAAAAUCUAGGACAAAAUUUAGAUUAUAAAGCGUUAUCUGAUUCUGAGAGAUCUUUUCUAUUAGCUAAGCCUAAUUACGAUUAUAUUUAUGAGAAUAGUCAGAAACUAUCUAACAGAUCUCUAAAAGUGAUUCUAUUAAAUGAAUUAAUGUUUAAAUUAAACGAUAAAUUUAUAAUAAGGAUGCAAGAGAAGUUGGAUAAGAUAACAAAGAAAAUAAUUGAAAUAUCUAAAUUUUAAUCCAAAUAUUAUGAGAGUCUCACUUGUUUAAAUAGUAAUAUUUGUUUAUAAAUAGGAUAAAACAUUUUAUAUAUAAUCAUAUUUUACAUUGCUUUACAAUAGUAUAAUUUAGGUAGAGCAUAUUAUUUAAAAUUACUUUUUUUGUAUCAAUAUACUAUUCCAUCGUACUUUAAUACUGUUAAAAGUAUGACUUUGCAUACGCAUUAUGAUUUAUAGCGUUCUGCACAAUAUAUCAGCAUACACUUUUUAGAUAUAAUAUAUUAAAAAACAAAUUAUUUAUACUAAUGAAUAAUAACUUUCGAAUAUUUUUAAAAUAAUACAAAUAAUAUCUUUGGUAGAAAGCUUUUCUAAAUGUUAUUGUUAUGACGAACGAAAUUGUAACUUUUAUGUUAUCCAAAUUUUUUACAUUUUAUAUCGUAUAGCGUGCUAUAUUUCUUAAUAUUUCAGAUAAUGUAAAAUCGAACAAAACAACCAAUAAAGCUGUCAUCUAUGCAAA